AUGCCUACCGCUCUCGUGCGCAGCACGAACCUGGCCAAAUGUCAAACUGCCAAUGCAGUGUCCCCAAUUUGUGGCGAAGAGUUGAGAAAAGGUGCAGCUCCAGCGCGAAAGGCUGAAACCUUGGACACCUGCUGCGGAUCAGGUGUACCUCGCUGGGACGGCUGCUGCAGCCGCGGCGGCCUGGUGGAUCUGCAUGAGGCGAUGGACACCACAUCUGCAGAGAUUGGAGCGGAUCUGGAAGGGCAACUGAAUUCAGGAGAUCCCUGGGAUCCUGCGCAGCCCAUUGCCGUGGCGCUGCCUGCGCUGAUGGCUCCGGAGGUGAACAAGGACUUCCGGGAGGAGGUCGUACCGCACCGGGCCAUCAUCAUUCAGAAAGAGGUUUUUUGGCUGGACGCUGGAGAGGCUCCGGAUGAGGCUUCCGAAGCACCAGUGAAGUUGCUGAUGCAGGAAACGAAGGUGAGCGCGAGUGGGAGUGCUGAUUCGCUACUUCAGGAGCUUGUGGAUGGUGUGCGGCGGCGCAGAGCCUUGCUGACGCAAGACGGAAGUGGAAGUGGGCUGGACAUGAAAGCGGGCUUCAAUCAGCACCUGGACACCAACGCCAUCGUGAAGCUGAAACAAGAUGAGAUCGAGCUGACUCGCAAGAUCUUUGCGCGGGUGGAUCCCACUGGCAACGCCAUCUCAGACCUCUCGGGGCCUGCUGCUAAGCACAACAUAGAUCCCUACUGGAGCCCUUUUCAUCAAGUCCAAGACCUCAAACAACAGGUCACGGCGGAGUUCGAUGAGUACCAGCGGAUCGUCAGCGCGGCCGAAGCCAAGCGGGUCCUGCGAGCAGCGCUAGGCUUCUUUGGACUGCUGGUGCUAUGGGAGAACCCCGUGUGGCAGCUGAACUCCGCGGAGUUGGUGGUGCCCAACCGCAGCGACACCAUCGAGUUCGCACCAUCCGAGCCGGUCCCAGCACCUGAAACGGCGCCCAAAGUGGUGGAGGCACCGAAGGAUGAGAUGGAGAUGGGUGAAAUGGAGAGGACCAGAGAUGCUGCGCGGCCGGCGCUACCUGCUGAGAUCUCGUGGAUCUUCAAGGAUCGUGCCCCGGACCCGCCGGGCUUCCAGAUCUUCCGGCGGGAGGUUGAGGAGUUGCAGCGAACGAGGGAAGGCAGCGGCAAGUGGUUGAUCUUCGCUGGCUUCCAUGGUCUAGGCAACUGGAUGUUAGGCCUCAGCAGUUCCCUGCUGUUGGCCUCGCUGAUGAACCGCAGCUUCGCACAUCUCGGGGGCCCCGACGUCUGCGGCUGGAUGCAGGGCCCGUUAUGCAGCUGGAGGGAGCUCCCCGAGAAGGUGAAGGCCAAGGCGUCCAAAAAGUUGAUGAAAGAGGAGGUGGAGGAGGUGGACAUCCUCACGAUCUUUUGGAAAGGCUGUUCUUACAAGAAGCUUUGUAAAGAACUGCGGGCCAAGAGGAUACUGGUGGUCCAGUCCGGCGCAUGGUUCGGCGAGAUUUUGUCUCAGAACCCCUUGUACUCCCAGAGGAUGACUGCUGCCUUUGAGCGGCCAGCCGGCGAGGAGGUGAUUCUGGACAUCUACGGCCCUUUGGCGCGGUGGCUGUACUCUCCUUCGGCCACGGUGCAGGAGGAGAUCGAGCACUAUAUCAAGGACAACUUGUCUGGUGCUCCCAUGUCCGUCUGUUUCCAGGGCCGUUGGGGCUCAAGCCAAGAACUGGAACAGGGCCAGCGAUGCAUAGAUGACAUGUUGGCCGCCCCAUGGUGGCCGCAAGAUGCUCUUCCGGUCAUCCAUGUGUCUUCCAUGCGAGACAGCUUCAGGCAGAAGGUCAGAAAAGCUUUCGCCCAACGCGUUAAUGUGACCUGGCCGACCUGGGACAAGUCUGUUGGAGGGCAGAAGGACGACCGCACCGCUUACAAGGACAUGCUCCUAACGGGUCGAUGUAAUGUGCUGGUGGCCCCCACGGGUGGAUCCACCUACAGCUACGCUGCCACCGCCAUGUACCACUCCAUCAGCUUACGCGGAGACUUCCGACCGCCGGAUCACUGCGGCAAACUGCCGACGCUGCCAUAUAGGAAGCUUUUUCCAGAGCCCCGCGCGCAGCGGGAGAGCCCAGCCCCGAGGUUUCGGACGGUGAUAGCCAGCUAA